UAUCCUCUCUUUUCUUGGUGUUUUUGCAAUAAUUUUCUGACGAUUACAAAAUUUUUUUUUCCUUUGAAGUAGCACAGCAUUAUUCAUUCCCUUGUGAGGCGAAAUAACUUCUUUAGAACUCAGAUUAAUGCUGGCUACUUAUGUGAAGCAUGACGAAAUUUAUAACGGAAAUUGUAAUUUUAGGUUUUAUAAUUUUAUUCAAUUCUGUAUUCUUAAAAUUUUAUUUAAAAACUUGUCAUGCCGUUCUUUUUGAAUUUCUUAAACAACAAAUUCGAUUUAAGGUCGAGACAAUGAAUGAACGAACAAGUGUGAAUUGAGACUAGAAUUCAUUUUUAGUGCAUGAUAAUUUAGGGCAGCAAAAUGUCAAAGAAAGACGGUAGCAAGAUGCUGGUUCAUCAGCUGUCGUCUGUUCUGCCAGAUGAUCGUCCCAUUACUGCUAUUAGUAUUGUUGAAGACAUCGACAAAUGUCCUCCCAAUUUCACUGUAGUCUCGAGAACCCACGAUUUAGACGCCGAUGCCGAUUUAUGGCGUGAAAGUGGAUUGUUUAUUAAGAAGAAAACUAGAUACAUAUGUUUCUCAAAGACUGAAGGACUGCCGCACUGUAUUGUUGAAGAGAUCGCCAUCAUCGAUGACCGGGAACCUGCUCCAAAGGGUUAUAGCAUGAUCUCUCACACAGUUGACUCCAUGCAGCGUGCGUGGAGGAAGAGACAACUUUGUUAUAAAAUUAGGAAUAAGGACUUGUGCUCAAAGGCUAUAACAGACAUAAUCAUAUGCAGUAGAGUUGGGAAACCCUCGAGAAGAGCGCCAUUUGAAUUCACUUACGCUGGCCUAGUAAACGGAGUCAGCAUUUGUUACAAAACGGUCGACAUCAACGCGGAAGAUCCAAGUUCCAGGCCCUACGCAAAUAUAGAAUGUAUUUUUUUAUUUCCGUGUAGAUCGUUUUCUAAUCCAUCGCCGAAUCCAUCGAAUGGAACACCACACAGAGUGGCUCCGGAAAGGCCACCGAAACCAAAGAUUACACCCAAACUACCGAACAGCAUUUAUCCACAGAUAAAUCAGCCGAGUCCAGGGAGACCCGCAGACGACUCUUGUGACAGAGACUACGAGAUUCUUAGUCCUAAUGCGAGAAUCAUCAAACCAACGAGGCCAGCACCUCGACCACCAAAAUCUCCUCUUACUUGUUCUACACAAAAUUAUGGCACAUUACCAGGGUCUUCCGAUCUGGAUGGGGUUCCGUUUGCUCUUAAUCCUCUCCUUUCGACGAAUAACAGUUUCGCUAAGACCAAACUUCCUGUGAUUAAACUUCGAACACGAGAGGAGUUAGACAGAGUGUAUAACUAUGACUUCCGAGCAGAGAGAGAAACUUGAAGGUUCGACCGUGCCAAACGAAUUGUUUAAACCUAUGUAUUAGGUUUCCCAGCUGUAUUCAUACGUCUGUAUCGAAAAUAGCCAUGCAUAAUGGAGUGCCUAAUUGAAUGAUUCUCACUAACCCUCAAAAGAGAAUUUUGUUCCAUGUUUGUGGUGAGAAUGAGUACGAAUUAUUGCAUAUUAUACAUAACACGAUACGUGUCGUUAUUCGAAUAGGUAUCUUCUCUUCCGUGCCCUAUUUAGAUUUUGAUACCAGUGAUUACGAGCAUUGUAUUUUUAUAGACUUGCGUUGUAUUUUUAUAGUUCGUAGAAGUUAUUAUAUACGUGUAUCAUACGUUCUAGUUGUUUACGAAUCAUCAGAUAUUUAAUGAUAAAAUACUAGCGUACUUUCGCUUCGAGCUUUCAGAGGAAACGUUUAGUUUUAUUCCAUCCAGCACUUUAUAAAAAACUUAUAAAGAUCAGUUGAUCUGCUCAAUUGUUGAGUUCUGUCAUAUCUAAGUCAAAGGAAUUGGCGUCGAACAAACUCAGGAUGAAAUUAGCUUUUAAGAAUUCAUAUUUGUGUAAUAUUCAUGUGAAUUUGGGCUUUUUGCUUUCAGGGGAAAAUAAUUGAAUGCCUAAAUAAUUUUUUGCUAUGUUGAUGUGUAAGGUGUAUUUUAUAUUGUGAUAAAAAUGUCCCGAGUAUUAUACUUUUUAGAAAUUUGAUAAUAUUCUGGAAGAUAAAUUACCGAACAAAACCUUUAUUUAAUAGUUAUAAGUUUAAUUUUUAUUAUCUUUAGGAUUGUUGAGUUGUAGAAGAAAAUUCUUUUUUGUUCGACGCCGAAUCCUUCUUUGGCGAAAUUUCAUUUUCGUCGGUGCAGAUAUAAUUGUUAAAAAUAAUUAACUUAUCAAAUUUAGGUGCUGCCAAUAUAGAUGCGCGAAUCUAUUUAAUCAAAUGCUGAGUUCAGGACGACCUGAUUAGAAGCACUAUUUAUAAAUAUGUAAUCAUGCACGAUAAAAGCGAUUAGGGCUGUCAAAUGAUGUUUAGAAAAUUGUAUUUUGAACUACGUCGAGUUUUACGACGAAUCAUGCGUCAUGGGAGUGUUUUGAAUUUGUAAAAGUCUGCGUCUCAAUUUUCUGUUCGUGAAUAAAUUACAAAAGCGAGGCCUUUAAAUUAGGAUUACCAAGUACUGAAAUUAAAGACUUUAAACCCGAAAAUGCUGCAAUAUAUUGCAAUUUAAUUAUUAUUUCGAACUUGGCGAUUUGAAUGACCUUAUCCUAAAUUUGUAAUUCUCAGAAAACUUAGAUUUCUGAACUUUUUAUUUCACAUCACGAGUUAGAAUGGUUAUCUAUACUUCUAAAGCAGGUCGUGCAAAUGGAAAUUUACUCGAUAACUAUAUUUUAUAUUAUUCAGUAAGUUUAUGCCAUGUACGAAAAAAAUACGAACUCUAAGAAAAAAAAUAUGGAGAAAAUAUGCGAUGUUUCUGUGAAAGAAAUUGAAGCGAUGUUGUCAAAGAUCAAUGCGUUGCUUUGGUCAGUCUUCUCGAAGAUCACGUUUAUACUUAGGCUAAACAAUAUAAGUAACUAAUAAACUGAUCGGGAGCAAUGUAUCUACAACUAUCUCACGAAAUAUAUUUAUGAACACUCA